AUGGCAUCAUCAUUCAUGGCCAGGGAUGCAGAUAUUUCGACAUCUCCAUUCGAAAUUCAGUACGAACAUUUUUACCAUGUGGAUUAUGCCGUACCUCAUAUAAUAAUGCCAUUAGUUUUUAUAAUAAAAGUAAAAAAACAGGAAGUCAACUGGCAAACAAUUGUAAAUGUUCUUUCUUUAGAGGUGUGGCUGGCUCUAUUGGGUUGUAUUGUUUUGCUUGGAUUAUAUCUUCGUUGCGUCAUUAAAGACGAAGACGACAAACCUUUGCCUAUAGGCAAUUUAUACUGGUCUCUCAUCGUCACUUUGUGUAACCAAGGAGUCAACGUACAUGCCAUAAAUCGAUUCACGUCCAGAUUAACUUUCGGAUUGUGGUUGCUAUCGAUUAGUGUUCUGUUAUGGGGAUAUGGCAACGUGCUAGAAUCGUCGCUGGCCGUGCGGGAAAACAAACCCAUACCAAGGACAUUCGAACAACUUGCAUCUGCUCUUGAAAGAAGAGAGUAUUCCUGCUUCUCGAAUCUUCAAGAGGAUGAAAUAGAAAUCCUGAAUAAAUCAAAAAUUGGAUAUAUAAAUACCUUGGCAAAGCACUUCUAUUCGAGUCGAAAGUUUUUGUUAAAACAGUUUAGAAAAGAAGAUAUAACUGACCUCAAAGAUAAAUUUAUUAAAACCGGAAGUUCUAAAAACAUGGAAUUGUACAUAAACCGUUCCAAACUUGCAAAGAAGUUUAUUAAGAUGUACGGUGAAACGUCACAACUCGCAAUUGUUUCGUCACCAGGAAUAGAAAAAUCACUAAUUAUGGAUUCAGACGACCAAUAUUUAGUUUCUGACGAUGUUCUGUUCACACGAAACUUGGCAUUUAUCAUGAGAAAAGGAUUUCCGUAUAAAAGUAAAAUCGACAAUUUAAUGAGAAGAUUACUUGAAACUGGAAUCAUUAAUAAAAUGACUGGAACAUCCUUUUUCGAACGGAAACCAACACCGCUUAAUGAUCCCAAAUCUUUAUCUGUAGAAGAUCUGUUCGGUGCAUUUGCUUUGCUUUCCACGGGAUAUACCUUAUCGUUCUUUUGUUUCCUAGCCGAAAUUUUUAUUGAAAAGACCUGGAAUCGUAAAUGUUUUUUAUACAAGUAAUAACUAUAAUAAGUACGGGAGAGAGCGGGACUGAA